AUGGCACUGAGCUUCAUCAAGCACGAGGUUCUGAACCUGCAAAGCUUCGACACACUUUGUGACAGCAAAGAUGCUAGCAGGAAAUGGAUUGCUCUACUGGACCUGAUGCAACGACCUUGGUUUUCUCGACGUUGGGUCGUUCAAGAACUGGCGCUAGCGCGAAAGCCUAUCAUCUACUGUGGAACCGACAGAAUUUCGUGGAAGAAGUUCGCUAUCGCAGUCGAGCUCUUUGUAGAGGUGGAGACAGCCACGCAUCGUCUGUCUGAAGUCAUGAGGAAAGAUAGACAGGAUCAGUACAUUCCCAGCUACUUCGACUACGUCUCCGCACUUGGUGCAAGCUUGCUCGUUGAUGCUACUGAACGGUUAUUUCGGGAUUGGAAAAAAGUCGAAGUACGCCACCCCAAGAUGUUCACCGACACGAGACCCUACUCAGCAACUGAUUCAGAGAGCGACAGCGAGACCGAGAGUAUUAAAAGCGAAGACAGCGAUUCACAUACACCCCCUGAGACGUACGACGACUUCGGUGAUUCGAGGAAUCAUAUACAACCUCUGUUGAGUCUGGAAUAUCUAGUGUCAAGUCUGACUAUCUUCGAUACUACCAUACCUCACGACACAAUCUAUGCGCUGCUUGCGAUCGCAAGAGACACCACACCGCGUGCUGUGAGUAGCCGCGCCAUUGAUGCAUCGAGAAGCGCCCAGGAAAGUCUCGAGGUAUACACGCAACGCAAAAGCUAUAACGUCAACUACAUGUUACCAUAUGUAGAUGUUUGCAAAGAGUUCAUCCAGUUUUCCAUCGAGCGUUCUAUGAUUGGGAACUCGAGUCGCGCGUUGGAUGUUAUCUGUCGUCCGUGGGCAAUAGAGGGGAGGAAACUCCAGCAGAAUCGGGAAGCAAAACAAAGGCAUCAGAAGAAGGAAAGAAGGAGGAAGAAGAAAGAAGCUAAACUCAAAGAACUACGACAAGCCUCUGUAACGCAUCCAUCCUCUCAACCUGGAGCUGCUACUUCAACAGUCACGGUGACGCCUGUGGAAGUAGCCGCCCGCAAAGCAGCGUCUCUAAAAGCCGCCCAGGAAGCCGCUUUUAGACUUGAAGACAUAAGACUACCUUCCUGGGUACCUCAACUCUCAAACGCGCCGUUUGCCAUGGAUCAAAGGCCUGGAACAAGCGGCCCCAAAAUGAGUCGCAUAAAUGCCGAUCAUCUGGUGGGUCUUCCUAGUUCUACGCACCGCAACUACUCUGCCGCCGAAAGCAGAGGCGUAGACAUGAAAGCGCUCCGAUUUCGGAAGCGUCCGGAAGCACAGCAGUACAGUAUGUAUGUACGUGGCUUCAAGCUCGACGUUAUCGAAGAGGUCACACAGGUGGCUCGUAACGGGCAAGUCCCAAAACAAUGGGCUGAUCUUGUGGAUUGGAAAGAUGCCGAAAAGCUUCCGCCUGAUCCGUUUUGGCGAACGCUUGUCGCCAACCGCGGAAAGGAUGGUAAGAACCCACCCGUGUACUACUCGCGGGCUUGCCAAGAAUCUUUCAGGAAGGGCGGUCUUGGAAGUGGCGCCAUUGAUACUACUGCACUCAUUGAGUACGAACGCAACUCCGUUGUCGCUCAAUUUUGUCGACGUGUGCAAGCCGUCACCUGGAAUCGCGCACUUGUACGUACCAAGACGCGGAAGCUGGGUAUAGUCGGCAAAGAUGUUCAGAAGGGCGACCUCGUCUGUAUACUAUAUGGAUGCAGCGUUCCUGUCGUAUUGCGGGAAAGCUCCGAGAAGUCUAUAGAGCAGUUCGACGAGGAAAUGAAUCACGAGCUAGAGCACAUCAAGAAUACUGUAGUCAAGACUCUGAAGCAGUACAUUGCACGCAAACGACAGCGGCAAAGAUGGAAAGACAAAGAAAUGGCUAAACUCUGCCGGAAAUGGCUCAAAACUACCGACUACAUGCGCAGCCACGGCUUUGACCCUGCCAAAAGGACGGUCACAGACAACCAAAGCAUCAGUGGCGUCCUUCUACGCAUCUUGACGCAUGCCACAGCCGAAUUCAAAUCCUGGCGUAUCGAAGAGCGCAAGAAAGCGUGGAGCCGCAUCGAAGAGGAGAUGAAGGAGCGGAAGGAAUGUCCGACAAAGAGAAUGAAAAGACCAGGCAAAGAACAGAUGGACGAUCAUUUAAGGAAGCAGAUGAACAAGCAAGAAGCGGAAGCGGCAGCCCGCACGGUACAAGCACAGAGGAAAUCGAAAUCUGCUGCGAAAUUGCCUCAAUCUGCUUCUGGUGCAGCUGUGGCUACUGGAGGUACUGGUUCGACGGCUUCCAAAGAGGUCUUCCCAAUAGACUGGUGGGAAUUCGAACUUGCGCUUGUCGCUGGACGAUGUUGGAAGCAGGUCGUCAUUCAAAAAAAGAAUGAUCGUGAACAACAACUGAGACAACAGCUGCUUGAAGAGUAUCAGGUUCUCAAGGAUCAGUUGACGGACGAUGAGGCCAAGGAAUACGGUAAGACAGUCCGGGAUAAUCUGCGCGACAGGCUCGGCAAAGAAGGGUACUACUCUUACACCUUUCUCGGCGAAUGCUACAUUCAUGGCAUGAUGGACGGCGAGGCGAUCCAGUACCAAAGUGAAGAUGUAAACCAAAGUGAAGAUGCAAAGGGAGUCAUUCCUUCGAUGUACUGCUCCAAGCGGUGCCAAAAGGCCGAUUGGAAAGUUCACAAGCUCAUCUGCAAGUCCUUCAGCGAGCACAUGAACAACCGUCCCAGUCAAAAGCACUACAGCAUCAUUGUCUUCCCGAAAGAUGAAGAGGCGCCUCGCUUCGAGUGGACUCUGUUCGAGCCUGGCACCUACAACGCCAAGAUCCCGUCACCCAAGAAAGCCUACGUGCAAGAGCUGGGCUUCGAGUUUUAUGGGGUAAAUUGCAACAAUCGCAACAACCCCAUAGGAUACUUUGAGGAAGACAGCACCGAUUACACGACUAAGAGGCACAUCGCUGGAAAGCAUCUCGGAUUGCUCUUUACGAGAAACCUGGGAUCUUUCGAAGAGCCUCUGCCGGAGGAUAUACCAAUCAACAAGAGCUUGAUGGACAUCGAUCCUGAGCUUGCGCGACUCCACGGCAAAGGUCACGUCCUUGCCUGGGGCUGUCAUUGUCCCGAAGACAGACGCAAAACCUCCGAUCUCAACUGCACACCGGCAGACUUCCGUCACGCUGUGGACGCCCUGAGAAAGAACCACUACAAAGAUAGCUUGCGAGCGAAGGAGGUCAUAUCGAGGAAGACGGGUGGUGUCCUUGCCGUGCGCCUCACUUGCGUGGGCGACAAGCUAUUCUUCGGCCAUCCUACAUAUGAGAGCCAGAUCGAGCCGCGCUCCAUCCUGAGCAAAGAUUCUCAGGUCCCCUGCCCAGUCGCCGAUAAAGUCGGCAUUCCAUUGAUCAUCCGGAAAGAGCCCCCUGCGCUCUCCUGGCGCGACCGCGACGUCGAGUCCCGUCGGGAGAACCACAACGCGGCGAUGCUCAACCCGCCUACCCAGAAGACUAAGACCGGCACUCUGAUCAUUGCUCGCAAGGACGGCAAGCCGCUGUUGCCUACGCACCUCUUCUGCCUCAUCAUCUACACUGGCGAGAGGCUGCAAGACCCGAAGUACGGUGAGGACGGCCACCGUCUACCGAGUAUGAUGUUGCAGAGCCGUUUGAACCUGGUGUCUCCGGAGGACUUUGAGGAGUACUAUAACAACGAGUGGCAUCGUUUGAAGCUUAGUGAGAGGUUCGUCCCAUCGCCUUAUCAGAUGUAUGAUGACUAUGAUGGCGAGAUUCAUCCUAUCAAUAUGAGAUAG